AUGAGGAAAUCAUCUUUCCACCUGACUCUCUCUUACCCACAGGAAUCACUGCCUCUGGAUAUGGGGCAGUGUAGGACCAUUAUAAAAGGCAGCCCAGGUCCUUGCUCCCUCAUCCAUUACUCCAGCCACCUUCUUCUUCGGAACCAGGUGCACAUCCAGACCCAAGUCAUGUCCUGCUGCAACCCGUGUGUGCCAUGCCGGCCCUGCGGCCCCACUCCUCUGGCCAGCAGCUGCAAUGAGCCCUGUGUCAGGCAGUGCCAGGACUCCAUCAUUGCCAUUGAGCCCUCUCCUGUGGUGGUAAUCCUGCCCGGACCCAUCCUCAGCUCCUUCCCUCAGAACACCGUUGUGGGCUCCUCCACCUCCGCUGCUGUUGGCAGCAUCCUCAGCUGUGAGGGCGUGCCCAUCACCUCGGGGGGCUUUGACCUCUCCUGCAUUUCCAACCGCUACUGUGGCAGAAGGUGCAACUAA